GUGAGUGUCCCUGCCAACCCCGCGUUCUCCUGCCCGCGCCGCACGGCCCCGCCCGCAGCACCCACCGGCCAUGUCCAAGUCCCUGAAGAAGAUCGUGGAGGAGAGUAGGGAGAAGAACCAGCCCGAGGUGGACAUGUGUGACCGGGGCAUCUCUAACAUGCUGGACGUCUCUGGCCUGUUCACUCUGUCCCACAUCACACAGCUGGUUCUCAGUCACAACAAGCUCACAACUGUGCCACCAAACGUUGCAGAUCUGAAGAAUUUAGAAGUGCUUAACUUUUUCAACAACCAGAUUGAGGAGCUGCCUACGCAGAUUAGCAGCCUUCAGAAGCUCAAACACCUGAACCUUGGCAUGAACAGGUUAAAUACCUUGCCUAGAGGAUUUGGAUCUUUACCAGCUCUGGAGGUUCUUGACUUGACUUACAACAACUUAAAUGAAAAUUCCCUGUCUGGAAACUUCUUCUAUCUGACCACCCUGCGUGCACUCUAUCUAAGUGACAACGAUUUUGAAAUCCUGCCGCCAGAUAUUGGGAAGCUCACAAAGUUGCAGAUACUGAGUCUUAGGGACAAUGACCUGAUAUCACUGCCUAAAGAAAUUGGUGAACUCAUUCAGCUUAAGGAACUUCAUAUCCAGGGAAACCGUCUUACUGUGCUGCCCCCAGAACUAGGUAAUUUGGAUUUGACUGGUCAAAAGCAAGUCUUCAAAGCAGAGAAUAAUCCCUGGGUUACCCCUAUAGCAGAUCAGUUCCAGCUGGGAGUGUCUCAUGUUUUUGAAUAUAUUCGUUCAGAAACAUAUAAGUAUCUCUAUGGCAGACACAUGCAGGCAAACCCCGAACCUCCAAAGAAGAACAAUGAUAAGUCAAAGAAGAUCAGUCGUAAACCUCUGGCAGCAAAGAACAAAUAAGUCACUGGCAUGUGCCAGCGUUUUUAAGGCUUUUUUUCUUCUUUUUUUCCUGCAUGUGCCUAAAAUAUUUCUAAAUGUUUACUGAAGAAAUGCUGUUACUCAUUUUAUAAGAAAGCAAAGACUCUCUUCAAUCAACAACAAUCUGCCAAAUGCACUGCUUUUAAGACCUUGCUUAAGGAAUACAAUAUUAUACAUUCUCCUAAUUACUACUAAAACCAUGUAGCCAAUUAGUAUAUCACUGUCAGACACCAUUUUUAACUUUUAUAUUUAUAUGUAUAUGAAAAACAAUAUGAAAUAUUUUCUGUUCACAUAUAUCACAUGUCCUGUUAUGCUUUAUUAUAAGUUUUCCUGCACAAGUACAUAAAUUAGUUAUACAUCAUAUAAUAUUACAAGUGAUUUUAAUAAAAUCUUUAUUUGUA